AUGGAGGUGGAGGAUUUGGAGGAGGAGGAGGAGGCGGUGGAGGCCACGCGGAGGCGGGGCUAUGGAGGUGGAGGUGGAGGCGGCGGCUUCGGAGGGUCUGGCGGUUCCUCGAGUAGCAGCUUCAGCCUUGGAGGAGGUGGAGGCGGCGGAUAUGGAGGCGGCGGCGCCGUGCACGGAGGAGGAGGUGGACACGGAGGCGUUGGCGGCUCCUCGAGUAGCAGCUUCAGCCUUGGAGGAGGAGAAUGUAGGAAGCCUCCAGAUCUUGAUAUAACCGUAGAGCAACAAUUACUGAGGGACAGUUAUACCAAUUUCGUCAGGGCAAAAAUUACGAACAUUUUGGAUGGGGUUGCUAAUGGAACUCUAAAACCAUACGGAAAAGAGUGUGACCAGUAUCUCGUAACCAAUGGGUGUUUUGCUUUCGACACGAAUUAUCUUCAUAUACCCAAAGGCCUAUCAGGUACGGAGUAUGGUUCUAGACCUGGACGCUCACAAAGACUUAAGGCGAACAGAAUAGAUGGCUUUGAUAACAGAGCCCUGAGAGCUUUUGAGGGUAUUAAAUGGUUCCAUCACGUCACCAAAGAGACCUUUAGAGCAGGAACCAAGCAAGCCCCUGCCUCCAGCCUUGCGGUAAUGCACAGGAUCCGGUGGUUGGGCCACGUGCUACGUCUCCUACCUGAACACCCAACCCGGACCGAACUAAACUUCGAUCCCCGAGAAACCGAGAGGAGGCGGCCCGAGGACCCUCCCGCACCCGCUGCCUCGACUUCGUUAAAGAAGACCCUUGGCCAAGCACCUUGCAUGGGACAGGCCUGGAUGGAGAAGAGUGGGCUGCCUGUUUGGCUCUACACGCUUACAAGCACCGACCAGCGCUCAUUCGCUUCUCUCCUCAGAGAUAUUGUGCACUCCUUCCUCAAACUAUGA